CGCGCACUCAAACACCACCCAGUGCUGGCAAGUUGGUUGCUAUCUUAGCUCAUGAUGACAAAUCUUACACCAUUUCCGACAACGCAAAGUCCCGACGAAGAGAAGCUCGACGCUUUCGCCUUUCCACCAUCUUCCGAUCCAUCUUCCACGCAGCAAGACGGCUCAAAGAAAAACCGAAGGCAAACAGCUUUUUACCCAAACAUGAACUCGUCCAAUAAGCUACAGAAACCAUUCAGUCGAAGUGCUGCAAAACGCGAAAGCGUCAUGGCACUCGGUAGUAUCGAGCACCUCCAGCAUUACUUUACGAAAACUGGACUUGCUGCUAAGAAGGAGGCACUCAAAGAGAAUAAGGGCCUCGUGCCUGCCAUAGGAAGCGUAACAAAUCGGCCAUUGAGACCAUCGCUUAGCAGUAUACAAGAAUUCCAUCUGCCACCGUCUCCUGCUGUCCCUGUAUUCAAGCGUACACCAUAUCCAGCUGUCGACAAGACAUACGAGGUAGACCCUGAAAACCUGAAACCAGGCGUAAUAAGAGACCUCGAAUCCGUGUCUGAAUCCUGGGGUCUUGCCAGCCAUAGCAGUGAAAGUAAAUUAGACGAAAAAUUCGACGUACUCUCCGCUUUACGUGUCACGACCCAACUCAUUCGCUCCGUACGCAACUACUGUGUAUCUCUUCCGGAUGACUCAAUUGCGCUCCAGCCACACAAGCAGCACUUCCGGCCAAAUUCCUUGCAACCCACACCUAUGAAACGCGUCACGUCAAACCCAAAUGGCGCUGCAGAUCCCAUGGCGCGUAUCCGUCGAUCUGCACUUGACGUGCUUGCUGUACUCCGAGUCUUGGAGGAAACAACGCGAUUACCACUCUCAGACGAAGCGUAUGACGCGCAGAGUGAUCAUGUUUCUUCUCAAGAUUCACGUUCACCGGAACCAAUCCAAGCUGUACUUGAAGAGGACGAACAGCAAUAUCACCGACGUCAUUCACCCCCUCAGCAACAGGGACAAGGACAAGGACAAGGACACGACGUGUCCUUCGCGAUCUCUGUUGUUUCCGUUCCGGGACGUUCAGAAGCCGUACCUGUUUGGGACGACGAUGACUCCGACGACCUCGAUACGCCUUCCGAAGCGGGAGAGAAACGUGAAGUAUGGGAUGAACGACUUGUCCUCGGUGGUGGAUGGCUUUAUCGACAAGACGUUCGUCUAACAAACCUUACCCACGAACGCGAGGUUAUUGGAAAAUACCUCGACUCGGUGGAUGAAGCACUGUUUGACGGUCCAAGCAAUAAUGGAACAAGAGGUUGGGAGAAAGCGGCGCGGCUGGAGCUGGAGAAAGAAGGUCGAGCAAAAGGACGACGAUCCAGUCUCGGAAGGCACAGAGAUGAUGUUUCUCCUAUACGAGGGAAUCGAGCUGUUUCGCCUGGUAUGAUGGAAGCCAUUAGUAACUUGACGAUCACCGAGGAAGGAGAAUCCGAAGCUAUUACACAGGAACCGGAAGAGGACGAAGAGGACGGAGAUAGCGUCGACGAAGAUGAUUUACCUGAAUGGGCAAAACGGAAUACGUUCGUGGACAAUCCUCUCGCUCGAGCACACGCGCUUCUCAUCUCCCUUCUUCCAACCUCCCUCCUUCCACUCCUCCCCAUCCCAUACAGGGAUCGCCUUGAACUUCUCACGGCACUCUCCUCAGGCCAACUCCUUUGCGUGGCAUACAACUCGGGUAUACGAAGGAGCCGUAAAAUGUGGGGUUAUAUUAACAAAGACGCGAUUCAUGAUAUUGCUUCCCUUGAGUCUAAACUCAGUCCUAACAAUGAUGGUGGAGGGGGAGGGAAAGAAGGCGAGGAGAAAAGGAAGACGGGGUGGACGUUCAGGAGGAUUGAUAAUCUACGACUUUGGGCUGCAGCUCUAAAACUUCGAUAUCUUAUCCCACUCACAACGCCCGCAGCAGCCUUACCAAUCCCAUCCCACCAGUCACUCACGGCAGCACUCUCUCCUUCCUCACCAACUCGACCUUCCCUCUCUACAUCACCUUCCCACCCUACCUCACUGUCCACACCCGCACGACCAACAAGUCCAAGCUUAUCCAGCACAGGUACAGGCACACCUUCGCUCUCACCCCAAACCACACAUUUCCCUCCGAAAGCAAACACAAAUGAGGCGAAGAGGCGACGGAGUGACAUCCCCUUAAUUGGGUUCGACGCCAAAUUGGUUGCGAGGCGCGAAGAGGGCUGGGAUACAAUGCUUGAGACUGUUUUGAUGCAGUGGGUAAACGCGGUUGUGGAGGAACGACGCGCUGCGAGGUGAUACUGCUUUGCCUAGUGCUCCGAUCCUCUCAUUGCUCCAGUUACUCCGACAUUCCGAUAUGCUGGUAUCCUGUUAUAAUUCGCCCUGAUUCGCAUGCUAUCCUUCUCUCUUCUCUCUUCUCCCUUUUCUCUGCCGUGGACCGUUUACGACACCACCCAACAAUAC